AUGGCACAGCCGUCCAUCCCGGGCCAUGAAAAGCAGCUGGGGCAGCCAGGGAUCCAACAAGAGCUCCCACCUCUCACCCCGGACCAGGGUUGGCUGGGAACCCCAAGCCAUUCCUUCUUCCGGACCAGGGAGACGGAGGCUCCGGUCACACAGCAAAUCACUGAGAGCUCCCGGAUUACUGGGGGCCAGCGAAGCCCCAGGGAUGGGGGGGCCGGGCUCCUCUUGCAGGCCCGGAUCACUGGGAGCUCCUGGAUCACUUGGGGCCAGCAAAGCCCCGGGGGGGGGGGGGGGGGGGGCGCGGCUGGGCUCCUCUUGCGGGGCCGGAUCACUGAGAGCUCCCGGAUCACUGGGGGCCAGCGAAGCCCCAGGGAUGGGGGGGCCGGGCUCCUCUUGCAGGCCCAGAUCACUGGGGGCCAGGGAAGCCCCCCCCCCCCGGGGAGGGGUGCUGGGCUCCUCUUGUGGGCCCGGAUCACUGGGAGCUCCCGGAUCACUGCGGGCCAGCGAAGCCCCGGGAGCGGGGGAAAGCUGGGCUCCUCUUGCGGACAGGCCGGGGUGGGGGGGGCGGCUGGGGUCCGGCCCGCGGGCCUCCUCCCUGCGCAUGUGCACCCCGGCCACCGGGAAGGGUCCGCGGCCGCCAGGGGUGCGCAGGGGCAGGCGGGGCAGCCGAGGGGCCGGGACCUGGACGGGGACCUAGGCAGGAAGGCCCGGGGCAGGCCUACCUCGGGGCGCCGCAGGGCGCCCAGCGCCGUGCGGUCACCUCCACGGGCCGCCCCGCACAGCCCCGCGCCCGGCCCGACACCACUGUGGCCGGACGCCGCCCCGGAAACCCGCCCCGACGGGAAAGGAACACCCCCAAACAACGGUUCCGGCGUCGCAGGGGACAGACCGCAACCAAAAUCAGAAGGGGCUGGCCAUUUCUCUGUGGCCACACAGCAAAGCCAGAGGGACGGACGAUUCCCGCCCUGCGACAGCAGAGGAAACCCCGGCCUUGACACGGAAUACAUCACACGGCAGGAAGACAGAGUGCCGGUGGUGAAUCCGAGGCCAGACAGGCGGUCAGUGGCCCAGAGCCAGGUGCCGUGCCGCCAGUCCCUCCGUGGGCUGCAGUCCUGGAGGGAACUGAUCCCCAGAUCCAGAGCACAGCUGAACCCCUGGCCUCCAACUCCACAGCCGGCCAGGAGGCCCCUCCCUGAGGAAUCCAGCGGGAUCUGUUGGGCCAGCUCCCGGAGAGGCCGGCAGCAGCAGCCACCCGGGGGGGUCAGCCAGCGCUGGCUGGGGCUGCUGGAACGCACGGAGGGCUUUCUGCAGGGACCGCACACUCGGGGCCAGAAUCCCAAAUGUGAGACCCACGCCGGCUGAGGGCGCACGCACAGGCCCGGUGGGAGUCGGCCCCUCUCCCUCUGCAUCAACCUGAGCUGCUUCCUACAGCCACAGGAGGACAUGUGCAGAGCACCCCACCACAGCCAGCCUGCACUGCACCUUGAGGUUGGAGAUUGUUCAGUCUGGGAUACGACAGCCCAGAAACGAUGCCGCCUGUCCACAUGCCAGAGCCAAGCUCCACAUUGGAGAGCUGGGGAAAAGUUCCCAGCACACUGUUCACUAAACGCAUCAGCUUUGUGUCCAUAUCAGUAGGAGACUCAGUUUGCCCUAAUGCGCCAGGAUGUGCUGAGCAACACCUACAGGAAGCCCGCGGGGUUGGCUAGUGCUGGCCAAGACUGCUGGAUUGCCUGAAGGCCUUGGCACAAGCCUCAAAGAUGCCGUGCUGGACAUCCAAGUGGGACAGGCCAUGUGCCUUGAGACAGAAAGCAUUCUGGAAGACCUGCAGGCACUUAGGACAGCUGUAAACCAGGGGGGACGAAGCUCCCUUGUCUUGCAGGCUGUCAUCAGGCUUCUCCACUCCCAUCGUGGGUCUGUAGGUGUAUGGUGUGUCCCUCUGGGCAUUGAGCAGGUACCGCCUUGACCCAGGGCAGGAAAUGAGCCUGAAGGCCCAAAGAGAGGAGGAGGGGCAAACUCGGGGGAAGGGUAUUCGCUGGGGAUAGGAGAAGCCUCCACUGAUGAAAACAAAGCCAUGGGCAUCCUUGAAUCCAGACGAGCAGCUGAAGGAGAAAAACCUGCCUUAAGUGAAAGCAGGGAGAGCUGUGGUGACCAAAGGCCCUCCCUGCACCCCCCCAAUCUCAGUAUACCCAUGUCAUCCUCCACUCUCUACUCCUUAACCACCACCCCCCCAGUCUGGACAAGGGGCAGGGGCGGUUUCCAUGGCCCGUGCCACACGCUGGACUUGCUGACUUUACCACUGCUCCACGCUCCCAGGGUUCACACGGGCCUCUAGCAUCUAUCAACCCACUCCUCCUGGUGUGCAGUGCGGUCCUCUCACACUCCCCGGAAUCCGCAUGACCGCCGCGCUUUCCUUUGCGAUGCUGGCCUCCCUCUUGUCUUCCAAACGCCCUGCAGGGAGGAUGCACUCCUCCCUCCCUCCUGGGCCUCCCCGCGCUCCAAACUAGCGUCUGCACCCCUCAGAGGUGCCUCCCCUCUGACGACCGGCGUCCCACCCCCGCCCUCCGUCCCCCACGGCCGCGCCUGUGUCUGCCCUGUCCGUGUCCCCGACGGUCGUCUGACCCUCGCUCCCUCCCAUCCCCCCGGAUGCCCACCGGAGCCUCUCCCCAGACUCUCUGCAGAGCCCUGACGCUUCCGGAUCCCCACUCCGGACACGGCCUACUGUCCAUGCGGGUCUGGAUCUCCUGGGAGCCCUAACGGGGCCAGCCACUCCGACCGGAAAGGAAGGGGGGGACCGUUCGCGUGAAAGGCUUCUGGGCGUAAACACACGCCAUCAAAGGAAUGGUUCCAAGAGCCUUUUGUUCCACUGAGCUGAAUCUCAUUCCUUCACUCCUUCAACAAAUACUUAAGCGUCUCCUUCGUGGCAUCUUCUGGGGAUGAAAGAGUGAGCAAACCAGACCGAAGUAGUCUGUGCCUUCCUUCCCUUCAGAGGUGACAAAUAUUUUUAUUGGACACCUGCUGCAGCAAAGAGCUCUCCUGGGCCUCGUGGGGGCGACAAAGACCAAAAUAUUGAACAGUCACCCCACCUAAGCACCUGGGAGAGGCGGGGG